AUGUCGUCUGAGUUCAACAUCACCCGACUGCUAUUAUUUUUUAAGCAAAUUUUUGGAAUUCCAAAGAUUACAAAUUCAACUCAUAAAAGAUGUAAACAUCUUUUCGUACGCCUGUACACUGGAAAUGACACAGGUCGUGGGAAAGAUGACCCGA